CCUAAAGUGGGAGCUGAAAAGGAACGUCAUUUGCCUCGUCCAUUUAGCUUUAGCCUCAAAUUAGCUUGACUUUUAAAAUCUUAAAUGUAUUCUCUCAAGUAGAGCCGUCCUUUCUCUUAGCCAGCAACCUCGGACAGCGUUAACAAUUCGCCCUCUUUGUGUUUACGAUAGGAAACAUGUAUCUAAAGGCCUUAUUCCGAUGCAGGGACAUGCUAAAGGGAGAAUUCUUCGUGUGAAAUGCUGGCUAGCCUACGAGCAGGGGCCAAAAACCGAAAGUGGCUAACAGCACCGAGCAAUUUCCCACCACUCAUCACCAGCAAACCUGUGGGCUUUCUCACAUCUGCCGUAGGCACCCGAAGGUGGACAGACUGAAACGGUGCCUUUCCUACAACGAAGCAGGGGCUCCGUUUGUCUAAGGCCGAGGCAUGGGAGCGUUUCUGGACAAACCCAAAACGGAGAAGCACAACUCUCAUGGCGAGGGGAACGGACUGCGCUACGGGUUGAGCUCCAUGCAGGGCUGGCGGGUGGAGAUGGAGGACGCUCACACGGCUGUGCUGGGACUUCAGGCUCCCGGCAUGACCGAUUGGUCUUUCUUCGCCGUGUAUGACGGCCACGCUGGAUCCAGGGUCGCCACCUACUGCUCGAAGCACCUUCUCGAACACAUAAUCACUGCGAGCGUAGGCACUGGCGGCAAACAAGGCUCGCAAGUCGGACCAGACGGUUGCAGCUCUGACUCUCAAGCUCUUCCUCCUCCCGCUGUGGGGGCCGUGAAAGCCGGCAUCCGCACGGGCUUCCUGAGGAUCGACGAGCACAUGCGCAGCUUCUCCGACCUCCGGAACGGCAUGGACCGCAGUGGCUCAACGGCGGUGGGGAUUCUCCUGUCGCCAGAGCACUUUUUCUUUAUUAACUGCGGGGAUUCCCGAGCCGUUCUGUACCGCAACUCGCAGGUGUGCUUCUCUACGCUCGACCACAAGCCUUGCAACCCCCGCGAGAGGGAGCGCAUCCAGAACGCGGGAGGCUCGGUGAUGAUCCAGAGAGUUAACGGGUCCUUGGCGGUCUCGAGAGCCUUGGGGGACUAUGAUUACAAGUGUGUGGAUGGCAAGGGCCCCACGGAGCAGCUGGUUAGCCCUGAACCGGAAGUGUACGUGAUGGUUCGGGCGCCGGAACAAGAUCAGUUCAUUAUUCUGGCUUGUGAUGGCAUCUGGGAUGUCAUGUCCAAUGAGGAAUUGUGUGAAUUUGUGAAAUCUAGACUAGAGGUGUGUGAUGACCUGGAGAGAGUCUGUAACGAAGUGGUGGAUACCUGCCUGCACAAGGGAAGUCGAGAUAACAUGAGUAUUGUUUUAGUCUGUUUGCCCAAUGCUCCCAAAGUAUCCGAGGAAGCUGUGAGGAGAGAAGCUGAGGUCAACAAAUAUCUGGAGGCUCGAGUGGAAGAAAUGCUGUCUCGGCCCAGAGAAGACGCUUUUCCGGAUUUGGUGAACGUGAUGAGGAACCUGGCCUCCGACAGCGGGAUGCCCCCUCUACCACCAGGGGGCGGACUCGCUAGCAAACGCAGUGUUAUCGAAGCAGUAUACAACCGUCUGAAUCCUUACAAGGAGGAAGAUGGCCCCUCCUGUUUCAUUUGAGCGGAGCAGAUUUGGAGUGCCACUGGUAGCUGUCCAGUACAACCGCCUGAUACAAAACACUCCACAGGACCACUAUUCCACAUGAGAUUGCAUCCUAACUCAUCUUUUAAUUUUUCACCUGAGAGAAUAAUCAUUAUAAUCCUCACCCAACGUGGAGGACUACAAAAUGGAUUAGGAUUGCCUUUUUUUUGUAAACUAGCAAACUGCACUACAGACGUACACGUACAAUACAAAAUCCAGUAGAAAGUCAAGAAAGCACAGUUCGUUUUUUUUGUUUGGUUUCAUUUCUGUUGGUUGUUUUUGUUGUGGAUUGACAGAUAUACGGGAGCAGCUCUGCUCUGACGGCUCUGGGACUUUAUGGUGCCUUGCAGAGACCUGAGAGAAGAAGAGGGGACCUCACACCUCCACCGGCUGGCCGCCAUUACAGAAAACCAGCCCCUCACACGUCUGUAUGAGACCGAGGACGCUUCAGUGGUUGUUGUGGCAUUGUUUGUUUUCAAAGUGUUUUUCGACCACACAAACUCCGCAACCGCCCCAUAAGCUACUACGCCGUCCGGGGAAGUUGUCUGCGCUUUCUCCAAUGUUACGGUCAUGAAACUCCACCAACAACAUCCAAAGACUUCUGGGUAAAAAUCCUCCAAACGGAUCCCGACAGCGGAUCACCUGAGGCUCCACACUAUAACACGAGAGUGUGUCUUUGUGUGUGUUCCCGUUUUGGUUUGAGCUGUGGCUCCUGAGACGGGCGGGUAUGCUUCUCCACACAUGAACUCCAGUGUGACUCUUCUUGCACGUCUCUACUCACCGUCUCUACUCACUGUCUCUACUCUUGCCUGCUAAUGGAUGCAACAGUUUAUAAUUUCCCUCCUUCUGCUACUUCUCUUUGCUUCCUGUCUUCUCCGGUAAAAACAGUCUGCAGUGCAUUGGUAAACCUCGCCAGAAUCAUACGCUUUAGAGCCUGCUCUUCUUUAAAGGAAUAGAGAUAGAUAUUAUAAAAUUCAUAUAUAUAUCUAUAUAUAUAUAGAUAUAUAUAAAUAUAUAUACAUAAACAUUUUCUUUGUUGCUUUGGUUGCAUUUCUUAUCCUGGUAUUCAUUGUGGCCUAAUAUGUUUUUGAUCAUUUCUGCGUGUGUGUGUUUAAGCUUCGAUAUAUCAAUGAAAGAACAGAAACAUUAAGAUUAGGCGUGCACAGGUGUUGCUCCAACACAAAAGCCUUCCAAUUAAAGGGUUUAGAGAUGAAGACAUUCCAGUUUCACCUUCCUCCUCUUUGCCUUUUUAUCCACAACACAUGGGCAAAUACACACACACACACAUGCGAUCCUGCUCAUGCUACAGCUUGCCUUUCUAUCCAUCUCUUAAAUAACUUCUCUGGAGGGUAAAAAAAAAGCCUUUUUGUUUUACCUGAAAACAUUGUCAUUUUUUUUUUUUACUUACAUUUUUCUGUGAUGAUUUUUUGUCUUUUGAGGGGAUUAAAUGAGUUGUGAUUCUGUUGCUUAUGGAUCAAUGAAACCUAAAGAGGAACAUGAAACAUAACGGGAGAAGGCGAGUUUUUCUUUUUGGGUGAUUGAAGUAAAGGAGCCUAUGUGGACUUGGAGUCAUAUAUUUCUUUUUUUUUUUUUCUUCAUUAAAGCUAUCUUUGGAUGUACGUGUUCCAGAAACAAAAUCGAAGUAAAGCAUCUUGGCUUUAGUUUUUCUUUGAACAAAUCUGUGCAUAAACAAAUACAUUGUGCUAAUUUCUCUGAACGGAUGCAAAAGCGAAGAAGUACAUUUCUCAAUUUAAAAGCAAAUGGUUCUUUUUGCAGCGGCAGUAUUCGGACGGGACUGGGCUGGUUAAUGCAACUGUGGUACUCUUUACUCUCGGUGCCAUAUGACAAAUAGGUACUUGAAUGUUUUAGUUCUUUUGCAGUUGUUUGCAAUGAUUACUUUGGACCAGGAGGAAUGGGGUGGGGGGGCUUGAUUUAUUGUGGGACACGACAGAUGGGAGGGGAUAACGUGGGCACGGUCACUGUGGGGGAGGAAAUGUGUGAAAAGUUAAAGCGGAAGAAUCUUUAGGGAAUUUAAGGUGAUGGUUUUGAUCAAACCAAAUUAUGUUGGAUUUACGUCAGUUAUUUCAUUGCCUGUGUAGACUCCAGUUGAUAUUCAUAAACUACGCCUAGUUUUUAACAUUGUGUAAACUUCUUUCCACACUGAACAGUAUAAAGCUUUCUACAUCAGACACUGGGCUCUGAGGAAUUAAAAAACUGAAUGGAGGGAGAGACGCUGUUUUUUCCUGAAUGUAAUUCCUCAUUACUCACGUUUUCUUUUCGACUGCAGCUUCACAUUCUCUUUGCUUCCUUUUUUUUUAUAUAUUUAAACUGUUUAUUCAUUCUAGUUGUUGAAAGUAAGAGAACUGUCAUGGGAGCCGGCGGCAUUUCUGGAUAUUAAGUGACGUCUGGAUAUUUUUCACGGAUUUGUUGCUACUGUUUGUGUAGAGAGUUAAGCCACGGUUUUAGGAAAUCUUGGUUCAUCAGGUGAACGGGAGUCAAGAAUGUGGAGAUGUAAACACAGGAGUAAACUAUUACGAGGCUUUUAGGAGAGUAAUGACUGCUUAUGUCUUUGUUCAGCCCACUGUAUCCAUUUAUAAUUAACAUUUGUGUAGUCGCAAUGGUAACUUCCAGAUUAUCCAGACCUUUUCUUUUAUUUAUUCCAAGUGUUUUAGUUCACAUUAUGGCUUUUACUUUAAGGCUGAUUUGAAGAAACUUUGACCUUUGAGAUGAUUAAAGAAGGGCCAGUUUGAGGUUUUUUUUUCUCCCCUGUACUGAUUUAUGCUGUUAAGUUUACAAACAUAACCACCAAUAAAAGAUGGAUUUAUGUGAAA